AUGGCGUUGUCAGGACGUACGCUGCUCGUGGCCGUGGACACCUGGGAGCCCUACGUGUCCUUCCCUAGAGAGGCAGAGACCAACCGCUCCCACUUUACGGGGGCUGCGGCAGAUGCUUUCACGAUGAUGGCCAAUAAACUAAAUUUUACGUUCAGGUUGGUUCGUUGUGUUGACGGCAUCUGGGGCACCCACUUCGGGAAUGGGACUUUCAACGGCAUGAUAGGCAUGGUCGUCAGAGGGCAGGAGGUUGACAUGGCCCUCGGUCCCUUCAUUCAAACCCACGAGAGGAAUGUCUACAUCGACUUCUCAGACGCGCUUGUAACGGACGGUACAGGAAUAUUCCUGCCUCGCCCUGGCAUAAAAAAGGAUCUCAGCAACUUUUUGAAGCCCUUCUCUGUCGGGGUGUGGACUGCUCUGCUGAUCUCCGUUUUGGUGAGCUCCCUAAUGGCAAUUUUCCUACGUGUAACUGAGAAAAAAUUCGAAGAAAAUCCAACAGUUUUGAAGAAAAAUCCGGAAAAUUUCCCGAGUCAACUUGAACGCGUCCGAAAAACUGUGAUGAAACUGAAGCUGCUAGGAAGUGAUUGGGUUUUCCCCGCCACGCGCCAUCGAGCCACGGCGCAGCGCGGAAAACUUCUGGCAGACAGAGUUCUGCGUGGCACGUGGCUCUUGAUGAGUGUGGUGCUAGGCGCCGCGUACUGCGGAGCUCUUACGUCGCUGCUCGCCGCGCCCUAUGUGAGGAUUCCCGUCAACUCUCUUCACGACCUCGUCAAGAGUGACAUCAAGUUUGCCUCCGAAGUUGGCAGUGCCGUCAAUGAGAUGCUCAACCGUGCGGACUCUGGAGUGAUGAUGGAGGUGGCAAAACGCAUGUCCAUUGUGGAGUCCUGCUACAACUCCCGCUUCGACAUCAAGAGUGGCAAUCUGGCAGUUCUGUGUGAUUACAUCAGCAUGACCAAAGUGAUCAGCGAAGAGUUUAGCGAGAACGCCUCGUGUAGCUACUACAUCGCCCGCGAACGCUUCUCCACCGGGUCCCUAUCCUUUGUCUUUCCCAAGAAGAGUUACCUCAAGCCAAUCUUUGACAAGGAGUUAAACAAAAUGAUCGCGGGAGGCAUGAUCUCUGAGCUCAUUCAGCGCUACACCCCGAACAGCACCGCUUGUCUUGUGGCUCCAGGGUCAGAGCCUGGAAGACAGAGAGUCUUUGUCUAUACAGUCAAAGACCUCGGCGGGGUCUUUAUUCUCUUAGUGACUGGUGAGUCUCGGGUUGCGUAA